GCGGCGGCGGCGGCGGCGGCGGCGGCGGCGGCGGCGGGGAAAGAUGGCGGCGGCCGCCCCCGAGCAGCAAAGCUCUAACGGCCCGGUGAAGAAGUCUAUGCGAGAGAAGGCUGUGGAACGCAGGAAUGUUAAUAAGGAGCACAACAGUAACUUCAAAGCAGGAUACAUUCCAAUUGAUGAAGACCGUCUCCAUAAGACAGGGUUACGUGGCAGGAAAGGCAACUUGGCCAUAUGUGUGAUUGUUGUUCUUUUUAUUUUGGCCGUCAUCAAUCUGAUUAUUACCCUGGUUAUCUGGGCAGUGAUAAGAAUUGGUCCCAAUGGUUGUGACAGUAUGGAAUUCCAUGAGAGUGGCUUGCUGCGGUUUAAGCAGGUGUCUGACAUGGGUGUUAUACAUCCCCUAUAUAAAAGCACUGUGGGGGGGAGACGGAACGAAGACUUGGUGAUCACUGGGAAUAAUCAGCCUAUUGUAUUUCAGCAAGGAACAACCAAGCUUAGCGUGGAAAAAGACAAAACUUCUAUCACCAGCGAUAUUGGCAUGGAAUUUGUUGACCCACGAACACAAAAUACUUUGUUCAGCACUGACUAUGAAACUCAUGAGUUUCAUCUGCCAAAUGGAGUUAAAAUCUUGAAUGUACAAAAGGCCUCUACAGAGAGGAUUACCAGCAAUGCAACCAGUGAUCUAAACAUAAAGGUUGAUGGUCGUGCCAUUGUCCGAGGAAAUGAAGGUGUUUUCAUCACAGGCAAGACAAUUGAGUUUCGAAUGGGUGGAAACAUGGAACUUAAAGCAGAAAACAGCAUCAUCCUGAACGGAACUGUGAUGGUCAGCCCGUCACGGCUGCCAAGCUCUUCAUACGGGGAGCAGUUCAAUAACGGCAACUGGCUGCGCUUCAAGCUGUGCAUGUGCGCCGACGGGACGCUCUUCAAGGUCCAGGUCACCGGGCACAACAUGGGCUGCCAGACCUCUGUCAACCCGUGUGGAGCCACGCACUGAAACAGCUGCUGCUGGGACAGGCCUCCUUGGUGUUUACAUAGAUUUGUAUGAAGUAAUUGCAUGCCUUCCAGGGUUUCUUUUUUUACAGCAGUUUAUACUAACGUUUCUUACAUAGUAUUUUUAAGGAAAGGCUGUUACGGUCAGCAACAUUAGGUUAUCAUCCUGUUAGCUGCAAUAGUGGCACUGAAUCUGUAAGGUUUCAGUGUACAUGCAUACUGAAGUACCUUCUUGAAUUGGGAUCAGUAGAAUAUAUGUAAAGAACAUGAUCUUGGCAGCAGCUCUACUGCCUACAGUUGUCUCUAGAGGAGGUUUUUGUCCUACGUCCCAAGACCUUGCAGACUGCUGAGAAUACAACUGCAGUCUCAAGUACUUCAACAGGAAUGUCAGCUUUUUGUUGGAAAUAGAUUUUCCUAGGAUGGCUGAAGUGGCAGACUUUUCUCUUCUUUCUUUUUGAUAUAUUGAUUUACCCCAAACUUAGGUGUCAUACCAGAUGUGUACUAAGAGGGGUAGUGGCAGAUUCACUUUAAAAUAUCGUAUUGUUUCUGCCAUGUAUUCAUUCUCACAUUGUUAAAAAAUUAGGCUAUCAUAAAAUAAUAUUUGCAAAGUAAUACUGAGUAUGGAAAUUUAACUUGAAUUUUGAAGUAGUCUUGUGGUUAUUGAAGUGUUGCUUGAACUUCCAUUCUAUCUGUGCAGUUAAUGCAUUCUGCAGUUGCUUAAUUUAUGUGAAGUACUUAUAAAAUGUGCUUAUAGUAAAAGUACAUUUUUUAAAAUGUACUUACAACUUGCUUACUACCCAAAAAUAGUGUUUUCCUGGGUGUUCUAAUGUGAACAGUGUCUGAGUCCAUUAAUCAAUGGGUAAUAAUCUGAGCAUAACUGUUGCAGCAGUGUCUGAGAUCAGAUCUCUCCUUCCUCAUAAAUGUCAGUACUGAUGCAUUACUGAGAACAUCAAAACAUUAAAUUCUCAAGUUAAACUGCAGGUCUGUAAUAAUAAAUGUGGUGGUAGGACAGCAAAGUAAACACAUGUGUAUUAGAAUUUGUCAGCAGUGAAACUGUGGUGAACUGGGGCCUAUUAGAGCCUUCCAACUGCUUUUGCAGCAGUGAGGUGUUUUGUGCUAAAAAUAGACCAGCUAUUUAUAAAAUUCCCUCUUUCCUCACCCCAUGUAUUUCUUCAGUUUAAAACCGCUUUCUUUUGCAGUAGCAUCAAGUAACCUUAAUAUUGGAGGUCUCAAAGUGACUUUGUAACAGCUUUUUGAAAAGUUUUUUGAUAAGCACACACUUCUUUACCUAAAAAUUAUGUAAGUUUUACACAUUAACUUCAGAAUUGAUUAUUUGUUACAGGAAGAUAAACUAUCUACCCUUGUUUUACAGCACUCAAAGUACAUAGGAUUCCAUAAAAUACAAAUCAGCUCCUGCUGUAACAAGAAAUUCAUAUCUAAAGUCCCAGUUUCUGAAUUUACUGGCAGGCAGUAAGCACUCAUACAGUAUGUGUGUGGGUGGAAGUGAUUUUUGGAGGGGUAUUCCAUCAGUCAGGCAUUACAGCACAUGGGGGAGGUCAGAGGAGUCACAUUUCCCUCACUGCUUAAAGGCAAAGCCAGAUUUUGAUGCUCAGUAGUUGUUGCAUUUUUUGGGCUGGACAGCAGUUUAGCUGUUCUGACAAAAUCAGAAUAAGCAGAACAUAUUGUAGCUAAAAACACUGAGUUCUCACAUUAAAGAUUGUGGGGAAGUACUAACAUUUUGCAUACUUCCUUCAUGGACCUCAUAGUUUUAUCAGAGUUAGUAGUUACUAAACACUUUAACACACAUUUUGCUGCUUUACACCCACCUUUGCUGCUAAGCAGUGACUCAGUAUCUGUUAGAGUUAAGAGGAGGAAAUGAACUAACAUUUUUAGAAUUUUCACUCUCAUGCUAAUGGAAAUUUGUCACUUUAUGUAUACAAAUGCAAACACAUAUUAAAAAAUAUGAAGAGCAGUAUCCUCAAAGCUGAAGUACAUCUUGAAAGUGACAGAUACUACCUUGGUCAAGUAGGUUAAACACGUAUUAAAGCUCUUCUCUGAUUAAUACUGAAAUGCCUAUAUGCUAGUAUUGGAUUCUUGUAAGUAUCAAGAGUUCUUUUUAAAAUACUGUGUGCAAUGUACAGCUAAAAGAUUUGUCACAAAGGUACUCUUAAAUCAUGAUCUGCAGAAUUGUUUUUGAAGUGUGGAUUUUUUUUUGUCAAAAUGUAGCAAAACCAAUCAUAAAAAUACCAAAUAAAAUAAAUUAUCAUAUUUGCUAGCCACUAUGUAUUGUUAAUAUGUAUUAUAUUUAUAUUACACAUUUUGAGAAAUGUUGGCACCACACAUGCCUCUGCUGAGCAUUUACUUGUUUAUCUUCUAACUGCCUAAGGUACAAUUUUUUAUAUGUAUUUAAAACAUUGAGUGGAACACUGUUUAUUUCAGCUCACAGAUGCACCUAAGAUUCUGCAUGUAUAAAGUAUAUUCUACAUGCCUCUGUAAAAUGCCAUACUGGGUAUACUGAAACAACUUGUAUGUGAAGAGCUCUCAUCAUCUUUAAGUGUGGUGGUUGUUCCAGUGGGUGAAAGGCAGUAGAAUUUCAAUUGCUUGUUUUGAAAUAAAACAAUAAAUUCUAAGAUGCA